AUGUUCUGUGAAGAAUGUCAAACUUCAUUAUGUUCCAAAUGUGCCACACAGAGAAACCAUCGAGGGCAUAUAUUUACUGAUCUAGAGACAAUUUAUGUGGACAAAUAUUCAGAAGCAACAAAGCCAAUCAUGAUUGGAUUUACUGCUGGCGAUUUCAGCAAAAAUGACAUUACUUAUUUAUUAGGUAAAAUACAUGUCCCCAGCACUAAAGCAGAGAAGAGAGAAAUAAGUCCCAGUGUAAGUGUUGACAACACAGCAAUGAAACCUGCCCAAAAACAAAUAAAAGAAGACAGAAAGAAACCUGAAAAGAAGUUAAUGUCACUAUCUGCCACUGUAACCAAGGUCAGGGAGUUCUAUGUACCAGGUGUUCAAAGUGUUAACCACAUUUCACUAGACCAAUUAAACGGAAUCUAUGUCAGUGACAGUUGCGGAAAUCUUGUCCAGACAAAUUUUCGUUCUAGUAAGCUAUGUGAGAUAAGAACCAGCGUUGAGUGUGGUCACCACACAGUAACAAGCAAUGCAAAUCUAAUCUUUACAGAGAGAGAGAAGAAAGUUAUAUAUAGAAUAAUAGAAAACAAUGAUAUCGCCGAAUUCCUAAAAACUGGAGAUUGGACACCAUUUAGCAUUUACUCCUCCCACAUCAAUGGGGACUUACUGGUGGGGAUGGCGAAGGUUAAAGAGGCUAAACUCACUAGGUAUAACAAAUCGGGAAAAGAACUACAGAACAUACAGAGGGAUACCAAAGGACGGGACCUGUUUGCAUUGCCACACUACAUCACAGAAAACAUCAAUGGAGAUAUUUGCAUUUCAGAACAUAAAAAGGCAGUAGUGGUGGUGAAUAAAUCAGGACAACACAGGUUCUCCUACACAGGUCAGGGGUCAGCGUUCUGUCCCUAUGGAAUCUGUACUGAUGUCCUCGGUCACAUCCUGGUGUGUGAUGAUAAAAGUAGAACUGUUCAUCUCCUUGAUAAGGGCGGUCAGUUCUUGUCUCUAUUACUCUCACAACAACAUGGGGUAGAUUAUCCCCGUAGUGUGUGUGUGGAUGAUGAGAACAAUCUCUAUGUGGGACAAUGGCUCACUAACAUACUGACAGUGUACAAGUAUCUACAGUGA